CAGCUCCAGGUGUCUUUUAGGGGAGAUCCGCAGAGAGCGCCCCUGAACACUGAGGACGCGCGGCCAAUAAGAGGAUCGAUGGGGGCGGGGCCUGCGUGCGGCGUGACGCAUAGCCGGUCCCGCGGUGUUCCGUGGGCUCUGCGGCUGCGCACUAGAACCCUGAGGCGAGCGCAUUUCCGAGGUCUGGGUCCGUCAGCCCCUCCGGGCCGCGGUGGCGCCUGAAUCGUCCGAGCGAGUCGGGUCUUCUGACCUCAAGGUGAUCAAAGCCACACAAUGUCAGUACCUCGGUCAUCCGUGCAUGCCAAAUGGGUAGUGGGGAAGGUGAUUGGUACAGCAAUGCAAAAAACUGCUAAAGUGAGAGUGACCAGACUUGUUCUGGAUCCCUACUUGUUAAAGUACUUUAAUAAGCGAAAAACCUACUUUGCUCAUGAUGCCCUUCAGCAGUGCACCGUUGGGGAUAUUGUGCUUCUCAAAGCUUUACCUGUUCCCCGAACGAAGCACGUGAAACAUGAACUGGCAGAGAUCGUCUUCAAAGUGGGCAGAGUCAUAGAUCCAAUAACAGGAAAACUCUGUGCAGGGACUGCCUACCUGGAGAGUCCCAUCACUUUGGAAACCACCCAGCUAACCAAAACUCUGGAGGAACUCAGCAUCUCUUCAACACAGUGAAGAGCUGGAAGGAGAUGGAGAGUUUUCUACCUUUCAUUGCAGACUGCCCAGUUUCUCUUGUGGCAUUUAUGAAGUAGUAAAGGGCUUGUUAGAAUUUUUCAGGAAGG